AUGGCUACAUUGGACACUGCGCAUAAUUAUACCGAUUCUUUCUUGGGUGUAGCAACCCAAUUAGGAAUAUCUGCCUCCAUCUCCUUGUAUUGUUUAUUACAAUUUGAAUGGAAUCGAAGGAAAAAAUCAAUGCAAUAUUUAUAUACUCCUAGGACAAAGCUAGCAAAAAAUCCUUCACCACCAAUACCAUCAGGUUUAUUUUCAUGGAUAAGGGCAACUAUAUUCUUAUCAGAUGAAUUUUAUUUAAAGAAUGUUGGACUUGAUGCAUUGAUGUAUAUUCGAUUUUUAAGGAUGGCAUUUCAAUUUGUACUACUUAAUGCCCUUACUGUUGGGUUAAUUCUAAUGCCAAUACAUUAUACAUAUAAUAAUAAAGAUGGAGACAAAAAAGAGGACGACGGUGUAACAAGACUUUCUGUUAGUAAUAUUUCUUCUGACGAUAUCAAUAUUUUGUGGGCCCAUACAGUUUGUACGUAUAUAGUGAGCAUUAGUUGGAUGUUCCUUUCAUAUAAAAACUAUUAUGAUUAUAUGAAUUUACAUCGGCAACAUCUUAUGGAUCAGGUGUCGGAUGGUUCAAUAUCCGUACGGACUGUUAUGGUAUCUAGAAUACAUAAAGAUUUAAGAUCUGAAGAGAAACUUCAAGAAUUUGUUAGCAAUCUUGGAUUAGGUGAAGUGGAGUCUGCUAGAAUGGUAAGACAUACUGGAAAAUUAGAUCGAAAAAUCUCUAGGAGAGAAAAUGCACUUUUAUCGUUAGAAAAAGCCCAUAUUCAGCUUGCAAAAAAUGUUUGUAAUGCUAUAAAAAGGAAGAAGUUACUUGGGACUGGGUUUUGGUCAAAACUAUUUGGUUAUUCUAGUGAAAUACCUACUUUGGCUCUUGAAACAGGUGAAAAUCAAAAAAUUCAAAAUCUUUUUGAUUGGUUAGAUCCACGAAAAAAGAGACGUGCAAAUACAAGUGAAGCAUCAGAGAAUGAUGAAAAUGUGAUCAGACAUUCUAAACAUUCCACAUCCGAAACUUUCACAAGUGAUGAUUUAAUGGAUCGUGAAGAUGGAUAUGGACGUCAAUUCCGAAUUUGGAAUGCUCUUCAUCAUAUAUCCAAGGAUAAUCUUGAUAAAUUUCAGCCAACACACAGAACCGGAUUUCUUGGAAGUAAAAAACGUGUUUAUUCUAUUGAUCAUUUCUUAAAGAAAUUUAAUUUCCUUGAUCGUCGUAUCGCUGAAUUACGUUCAAAGUCGAUCCAAGAACCUCCUUAUAAGGCUACAAGUACAGGAUUUGUCACGUUUAAAGAUCAUAUCGGUGCGCAAUUAUGUGCUCAAAGCAUAAUGUGUUCAGUACCCCAUACUUGUACAACAAGGAUGGCUCCUGAGCCAAGAGACAUUCUUUGGGAUAAUUUGACAAUGUCAUUCAAAGAAAAAUUAUUUCGUUAUCUCUUUGUAAAUGCUUGUGUCUGGGCAUUGACUAUCUUUUGGCUUUUUCCAAUCGUUGCCUUCCUUACCCUCACGUCUAUCAAUUCACUCUCCGAAAGAUUUGAAUUUCUAAAACAAUUCUUUUUGACAUCGCCAACUAUAUCGACAUUACUUCAAAAUGUACUACCAACCGUCUUGGUUUCAUUCUUUAUGGCAAUUUUGCCUUGGAUUCUGAUGGAAAUAUCAAAGCAAGAAAGUUUUUCUUCAUAUUCGGAACUUGAAGAAGCUGUUUUAAUACGAUAUUAUCAUUUUUCAUUUUUCAACGUGUUCCUUGUGUUCUUACUGGGUAUCACAUUUUUACAGUCCAUUGUUAAGGUUCUUGAUAAACCCACAUCCAUUCUUGACGUUUUAGCUACCAAUAUGCCUAAGGGAGCCACAUUUUUCAUAAAUUAUAUCAUAUUUAGUACCUGUACUCAUGGACUUGAACUUGUUCAAGUUGGAUCACAGUUAUUUCUUCACAUCAUUCUUACUUCUCGAUUUGUAUCAACAACUCCCCGCAUGCUUCAACGCGUAACACAUCCUUGGUCAUUUCAAUUCUAUUAUUAUUACCCAAUUCAUAUCCUAAUUCUCGUUAUUACCAUCACUUAUUCUGUGAUUAAUCCUUUAAUCUUAAUAUUCUCACUUAUCUAUUACGCUACAGCAUUAGUUGUAUUCAAGCAUCAGUUUGCAUACUGUUAUGUACGUCGAUACGAAGCAGGAGGGAAAUUCUAUCGACGCGUUUUUCGUUAUUCAACAGAUGGUUUGAUUAUAUUUCAGCUUACCAUGAUUGGUUUGAUAUGGUUGCGUAAAGGAAUUGUGGUUGGCGCUGUGUUAGUACCUCUUUUGAUAGGCACCGGGUAUUUUAAAUAUUAUUGUCAUAAGACAUUUUAUUCCAGAACGCAUUAUUUAGCUUUGGAUUCCAAACAACAUAAUCGUGUACAGAAUGAACAAAAUGAGCAAAGUAGGAAUCAUGUUGCUAAUACGAAUGAAAAUGUUGGUGUAUUAUCAGAGAAAGUAUUAAUUGAUUCAACCGAACCUUCUCAUGUCGAGAAAGAAACUGCUGCAGAAAAUAAGGGUAAAACUAUCAAAAUUAAAAGUUCUAAUAUAGGUGGUAUAUCAAAUAAUAAGGAAGGUGAUAUUGGAAUAGGUUCAAUGUUUUCGAGACGUACAAAUGGAUUUAGUAGGUUGGAAGGAGAUGAUAGCACGGACAGUGAGACUAGUAGUUUUACUAGCACAAAAAAAGAUUCCGUUAAAAAAAAUGUAGUCAUUAUGGAUACUAUCGAAAGCGAUAGUCAAAGUUCAAAGGAUGAUGUCAAGAAUAAAAAUUCAAAAAGUUCUUUAGAAAUGGUUAGAAUAUCUACGGAAAAAUCACAUCAUAACUCGUCAGAUAAAGUUAACAUACAAAAGUCGAGUUCAUUACCUCAAUUUGUGAUUUCGUCGAAUGAACAAGAUAAAGAGAGCGCAAAUGGUAAUGGUCUUUCCUCUAAUAUCAUAGAUGGCAAUUUUGAUAAAUUAUUAAGUCCUACCAUUACUAGUUCAAUUAUUAAUUUACCAACUGAAUUACUUAAAUCUAAAGUAGCUUUAGCUACAGGGUCAACGGAUAAUAUGAUCAAUCAUGAUAAUAGUUCAAGUUCAAGUCAAAUUCAAGAGAUAUCCACUAAAGCUAAUAAAGUAUUAACAAUCGUUCCUCCGGAAGCCAGAAGCAAUCAUCUUAAUGUACAAAUCAUUUCACCGGUUGGAUAUUCGAGACAUGCUUCACGUUUACCUUCAAGAGGAAAUCUACGAGGAUGUUAUCAUCCAGCACAUUUUACACAUGAUCCAAAUCUUAAAGUACUUCAGGAUGAAACAUCAACAUACCAAACUUACACACAUCCGAAUCUUGUUAAAGCUUUAAAUCGUAAACUUUGGCUACCUCGUAAUCCUCUAAAGAAAAUUUCUGUAGAGGAUAAUGUUGAAUUAGAUAAAGCAUUGACAUCUAGUGAAGGAGGACCUGGUAUCGUUGGAUACUGGGGUGCCUCUUCGCCAUUUUUAGGUGAAGCCAAAGUCAGUAUUUAUGGAGAUCAUGAAUUUCCUUCAAGAUUAUUUCAUUUACGAAGAGCGACAAGUGAAGGAGAAAACCAAAAUGCGAGACAUGAACGAAGAUGUACAGAAGAUGGACAACUUGUUUUUCAAAGGGCUGAAGAAAAUAUAGUCAGUUUAAAAGAAUUUGGAAGUGAAUUAGCACCAGGUGAAUUAUCAAGUGGAGAAGAAUAUUAA